GAAUUCAUAACCAAUUGAAUAAGCAUUGAUUUCAAAUAAAGCGAGUAAUACGUGAUCACAGAUCCAUUACUAUCACCACCAGCAAUGUCGCAGCAGGAAGACGUUAAAGACAUAGCCCAGGUUUUGAGCGAUGGGAGGUACGACCUUCCGAUGUUCCUUCGUUAUCUCAAGACCUUCGCGAUGAGUGGUACACAGCCCGACAAGGCUAUUCUGCUUGGGAUUUUGAUGCAGUCGCUUGCGCGAUUCCACACUAGUGAUUUCACGGCCUGCAUGUGCCUUGUCGCGAGCUACAUGCAGGAUUCCUCCAGUGUUGAGAAGGAAAUUGCCGAUAUUUACGAACUGGAGAACUUUUUAACCUGCGGCCAAUUCACAAAAUUUUGGUCACAGUGGAGCAAAGUCAAAGAACAUCUGCCAGAGUCGUUUCAUUUUGAGACGCGGGUUCGCACAAGCAUUUUGGAGUGUAUCAGCCUAACAUUAGAAUCUAUUCCAGCCGAGAGACUCGCAACCUACUUAGCUGUCCCUGUCAAUCAGCUUCCACGAAUUAUCGAAAAUGCCAAAAAACAGGAUGGUGAGUUUGAUGUAGUGUCGUGCAAUACAACUAGCGUCACCUUCCCCCAAAAUCUGUUUAAUCACCCUGAGAGCAGUACAAACCAGGAUAUGUUGAAAUUUUCAGAUGUCGUCACGAUAGUUGAGACAAUCUAAGGGCUUAGUUGGCACUUGUAGAGAAAAUCAUGGAUAAAGACGAGAGCUUUCAAGAGGUGUCGAAAUUUUACGCCUAAGGCUGCAGAUGGUGGCCCCUUUGUCCUACGUGGUUACUAUUAUGAUUCCUUGCGAGGUAAAAAGGAAGGUAAUGAAUAAGUAUGCUUCCCAAAAAGAAAGUGAAAAACUUCCAUUUUAUUGCAACUGAAUGUGUUUGGUUUCUUUUUAGAGUUGGAAAAGACUGUGAAAUGAUAACUAAUUUUGUGUUUAAUAUUAAUUUUUCUAAUUUUAAUUCCGGGCUAUGCCCUAUUAUGGGUGCAUGCAUUGAAAUUUCGAGGACCUUAUAAUGGGUAAAUGGUGGAAUAAUAUAAAGGGAAAAUACA